AAAGAACUCGUCCUUGCCAUGGAUAAACCGUCUCAUAUAUCUGUUAUCCUCGACUUGUCGCCGAGUCAAUGGCAUCUCUCCUCGCUUCCCGAAAAUCCGCAUCCCUUGUCAUUGAGGUCGUUUCUUUCCCAACUACUUGCAUUCCUAAAUUUACACAUCGCCUCAAAACAUGAGAAUACGCUUGCUGUGUUCGGCGCAUUCCCCAGCAAGAGCGUGAUGCUAUACUCAUCCACCGAUCCAGAAGCAGACAACACAGAAAAUGUUAAUCCAAAUAUGUACCACCCCUUCCAGGUGGUCGAUUCCAGAGUAGUGACACGCAUAGAGGAAGAACUAGAAUCACUUGAUCAAAGUGAAGAAGAAGCGCCUAUCGGACUUGUUGGUGCUCUCACGAAGGCUCUAUGUUAUAUAAACCGCAUCAUCCAUCCGUCGGCCUCCCAAUCCAGCGGGACAACAUCCGAGGAUCCAACAACGCUUCCAGAUCCACGGAUCCUCGUCCUCUCAGUAUCUCCAGACUUAUCAACUUCAUAUAUCCCCAUCAUGAACUCUAUCUUCUCAGCACAGAAGCUGAAAGUCGUGAUUGACGUUUGUAAGGUUUAUGGCCCAGAUACUGUAUUUCUAGAACAAGCAGCGCACCUGACUGGUGGGUCCUACAUCUACUUGGACCGUCGAGACGCUCUCUUGCAGCACCUCAUUAUGUCUCAUAUGCCCUCGCCGGCUCUGCGAAAGUUGAUGACAGUUCCUACGCAAGACAAGAUAGACUUCCGGGCGGCUUGCUUCUGCCACAAGAACAUCGUCGACAUCGGCUUUGUCUGUUCUGUAUGCCUAUCGAUAUUCUGCGCCCCCGUCCCUGUCUGUUCUACAUGCAGAACGAAAUUCCCGAUCAAAACUCUGCAACGCCUCAACGCAUCACGGCCACCUGGCCUCAAACCAGCAAACGGUGCGCUGAAAACAGCGCCGUCUACACCUCAUACAAGAGGACCCAGCACUCCACGUUGAUAACGAGUCUCUCAUCUCUGCGGGUUCGCAUGGUGAGGCAGCACCGGUGGACGGACAUGUACUGCUGUCGCCCGUGUUUCCAACCUGUUCUGUUGGUGGGGGGGUCACCGGGUCAGCAGACCAUGAUAUACUUUCAUCGCUUUUCCCCUUGUACUCAGUAUGUAUAUCACUAGCUUUUGUCGCGUCUUAUCAAUUUGACAGAGGAAUGACGC